CCGCAGGACACACCAUGGGCCCAGAGGCUGGUUUGUGGCACACUAGCGACGACGCAGGUGGCGGCCCCGGCGACUCUCAACUACCUCCCUGACCACUACGACAACCUCCCCGAGGCCAUCGCCACCACCUGCAGGGGAUUCUACCCGCGGCGAAGCCAACCCCACAACGGACUAACAGCUACGUAAACAAUUAUGGAGGGAGAGAGGAGGCGGACCGAGGGGCUGGGGGAAGGAUGGGCCAUCGACGUUACGCCCAGAGCCCCCAUCCGGGAACUAAGGCGGAGGCUCGCCCCUCAAAAUGGCGACAGCAGUGACGCGCCUGCGUACGGAACGCAUCCGUCGCGCCCCGGACGACGGGAAGUGAGGUUUUCAGAAGAGCCGCCAGAAGUGUACGGCGACUUCGAGCCCCGGGUGGCCAAAGAAAGGUCCCCGGGGAGAAGACGAACCCCGCCAGAAAAGUUCCGGCCGGAUUCUGCGAAAGAGGAAGUGAGAGAAAGCGCUUACAAUCUUCGCUCUCGACCACGGAGGCGGCGGGGACCCCAGGAAGCCGAGGAGAUGAAGACGCGGAGGGCGGCCCGGGUUGAGCAGUUCUCACAGCAGCCUCAGCCGCAGGCGUCUCCGACUACGAGCAGGCGAGGGUUCCGGGACUCUGAGUCCUCAGAGGAUGAAUCUUCUUCCCAAAUUGUUACAAACCAAACAACCCCAAAGAAAACUGUCAGAACACCAGAGACUUCAAGUCCUUUAAGUAACUUAUGCAGACCCCCACUAAGAAGCCCAAGAUCUGAUUCAACGUACAAAACAAAUGGAAAUACUAGAAUGAAUGAAAUAGAAACUGCCAAUAUCCAACAGGUCUAUAUCUCUGAAGAAGGAGAAACUGAAGAUGUCCCCAAGAGCUCUUACAGUGACGUCACUGUCAGGGUCAAAUCCAGGAACUAUGCUGAGUCUAGCGAUGAAGUCACCAGAUCAUACAGUCAUCAAGAACAACCUUGUUUAUCACAGAGUCAGGACUUCACAGCUCAUGAGAAUCAGCCGUCAGUGCUGAGCUCGGAAUAUCAAAGAAACCCUCAAGUCAUAAGAAUGAGGGCUCGACAACCAUAUAAUAGCAUUCAGGAAUCAGAGUUUGGAAACCAAUCUCCAUCAACCUCCAGCCAGCCAGAAGCUGCUGAACAACCGCACAAUGAGUCUUCUGUCAACAUAAAGCUGGGGCUGCUCGCUCUGGUCGUUGCCCUUGUUUCUGGAGUGCUUUGGCUCCGUUAUACUCCUGCAGUAGAAACCACUGCCGUUCAAGAAUUUCAGAACCAGAUGAAACAACUUCAGUCUAAGUACCAGAGUCAAGAUGAGAAGCUGUGGAAAAGAGGCACAACAUUCCUAGAAAGACAUCUGAAUAGCUCCCUCCCUCGGCUCCAGCCUGCCAUCCUUUUGCUCACUGCAGCCCAAGAUGCUGAAGAAGUGCUCAAGUGUCUGAGUGAACAAAUUGCCGAUGCCUAUUCUUCCUUCCGUAGUGUCCGUGCCAUCCGGAUUGAUGGAGCAGGGAAAGCUGCUCAAGACAGUGAUGAGGUCAAACAGCAAGUAGAUCAAGAACUGAGCGAUGGGUUUAAAAAUGGCCAGAAUGCAGCCGUGGUACACCGCUUCGAGUCCCUGCCUGCAGGCUCAACCUUGAUCUUCUAUAAAUACUGCGACCAUGAGAAUGCAGCCUUCAAAGAUGUAGCCCUAGUCCUGACUGUACUGUUGGAGGAGAAGACACUAGAAGCCAGUCUAGGCUUGAAGGAAAUUGAAGAGAAAGUGAGGGAUUUCCUCAAAGUCAAGUUCACCAGCUCUCACACGGCCAGCUCCUACAACCACAUGGACCCGGACAAGCUGAAUGGGCUCUGGAGCCGCAUUUCUCACCUGGUGCUGCCCGUGCAGCCCGAAAAUGCCUUGAAAGGGGGCAGCUGCCUGUGAGGGGGAAGCGGAAAUCACGUCUCGAGGUCUGGGCAGUUUUCAGACUUUCUAACUAGAGACGGAGUCUGGAGCAGUUUUUGAAAACUGGUUUCUUUUUAAAGGAAAUUAAGUUCAUACAUAAAAGUGGAAUACCUAAAUCGUUUGUGCAGCCUGAUUAUCUGUGAUUUGAGAGAAUCGUUUCUCUAAUAACUAUGUUAAGGGUAUUUAGCAUGGGCUAAAGUCGAUGCAAUUCCCCAUGGACCUGCCUUGGUUGUGCCCAAAUCAUUCUUGCUGUGCUGUGACCUAUGAGAAGGACUAGGUGCCUUUCUCAAAGAAUCAGCAUUCUUUUUAACUCUGGAUUUUUUUGUUUGUUUGUGGCCCUUUUAGUCUGACAGCUUUCUAAUUGUAGCUGUGGGUUUCCCCCAUUACUUUUCCAUUUAUACCAUUUUUAAGUGUGUGAUCCUUAGCUUUUACCUAUAAAAGACAAAAGUCAUCUGGGUGUGCAGUUUAGUGCCCCCCCCCCACUGGCUUUAGAGAGGGGAUGAAGAGGGCUUGGGAGGUGGAAAGGUAAGAGAAAUUGUUGAAUGGAGAAGGAAAAGGAAGGGGAAAAAUAUCUGUAAGCUGGGCAAUGGUGAGCCAUGCCUGUAAUCUCAGCACUUUCCCAGGGCAGAGUCAGGAGGGUCAGAGGUUCAAGGCCAGCCUCAUCCACAGAGUAAGUUUUCUGCCACCCUGGGCUACAGGAGACACUGGGUUGUUUUUUCUUUGUUUUUUGUUUUGUUUUUAAAUAAAAGGGGGGGGGAGGUUUCAAAAUGAAAUGUUACUUUAAAAGGAAGCCUCUGGGCAGUGGGCUACUUAGAUGUGCCUAGGCUGUUACCUUGGUGAGCUGCUACAGUUUGCCCUUCAUCCUUCUGUCUUUUUCCCCACCUAGAGAAAGUUCUUGUUGUGAGGCUAAGCUCAGUGGUAGAGCGUUUGCCCAGCUUCUUCGUUACCCUGGGUUCAGUAAUCAGCAUUCCACACGCCUGUAAUCUCAGUGCUCAACAAAAUGAGGUGGUAGCAUCUUGAAUCUAAAGCCAAUAUGGAAUGUAUAUAUCAGACCCCAUCCCAGUCCCACUCCCCAGUAAAAGGGUAUUCCCACAGCAUGUCUGUCAUGUUUAUAUCCAUAUUUGACACGUACCAUUUUUAAAGGUAGGUCUCUUUGGUUUAACCUGACAGUUUCUGUCUUAAAGAAAUACAAUUUCCAGUACAUCCUCAACUUGGUGGUUCGGACUCUUUCAAUUUUUUGCUUUUUCCAAUACCAGGGAUUGAACCUAAGACCCACCCGUGCUGGUCAAGUACUCUGCCACUGAACUACAUCAUGCCUCGGCAGUAGAAAUGCAUUUCAAAGUCAGGUGGCUCCUGUCUGUAAUUCCAGCACUUGGGAAGCUAAAGCAGGAGGGGUGCUGUGAAUUCAUGGCCAUCACUAACUAUAGUGAGUUUCAAACCAGCCUGCACAGGCUGCAGAUUGAAAUACUGUCUUAGCAACCCCCCUCACACACAAAGACAACUUCAAAAAUUGGUAAACAGUUCUCUGCUGGGCUGUUGAAGAGGAUGCCAUUCUGUGCUUGUACGUGUGUACUUUUUUAACUUUAUAACAAAUACAAAAAUAUUAUGUGCACAUGAUCGGUUUUGUUGAGUGCCUCAAGUCAAAGGAGUGAACCUGUCCACACGUGAAGUCUGCAGGACAUGUCUCCACUGCUAUAGUAUUUUAGGGUUUUUUGACCACACAUGAAGCCUGCGGGACAUAUGUUUCUUCUGCACACGUUGAGCCUAUGAGACAUGUUUCCACUGCACACGUGAAGUACGUGGGACAUAUGUUUCCACUGCUAUAGUAUCUUAGGGUUUUAAAACUUGGCUUUCUCAUCUGUCAGCUGCUUUUUUGUCUUCAACUCUUAUAAUUCUAGAUCUGAGUUCUUUUGCCCAUGGGCAUCUAAAUGAAAAUUCUGCUUUUUAGUACUAGCCAACCUUUCUUUUACCCCUGGGGUCUCAUGGUUGGUGGGAGAAAGAAGUCUAGCUUCUUAUCAGGGGGACUGUACCUUUAUUAUAAUCCAUUCCUGUCAGAAGGCAGGCAAUCAGGUUUAUUUUAUAAAGAAUUAUUAAAAAGUUUGGAAAAGUCUUUAUUUUUUACAUACAUAUCAUAUGGAAAAAGAAGUGUUUUGUUGAAUGUUCCACUGACUUAAAUAAUUUUGAAGUGAUAUAUUGCUUAUAUCUAUCAGGAAAAAAUGUAGCAGCUAAUGUGUAAAUAACUUUAAAAACUAUUUUAGUAAUUUAAAUAAAUUUACUUUUUGAGUUUGUA